AUUGAGUCCGUGUGUGUGUGUGAGAGUUCUCACUUCGUUUGUUGGCAACUCAGCACAUGCACACGACGCACUGACUGUUGGUUCUGCGCUCCUAUUUCUUCUUCUCGUUCAGGAUGGACCAGCACGCCAGGAGCCGAGCUCAGCGUCGCUAUGACGACGAGGAGGACGACGUACAGCCCUUCUACAUCGGCGUCCCCGUGUCCCACAGGCGGAAGAGACGGCGCCACCACUCCUACAACCACGACAGCGACCGCGGCUCCCGCCAAUCGCACUACGAUCACCACGGUUACCACGAGCCCGCCCACCGAGGAGUGUACAGCGACGAGCGCGACGGCGAGGAAAGCUGCGCCGAGCUCCCGCCGCGUGCCAAUCUCUCAGUGUCACCGGCGGCCGAGAGAUUGCGUCACAUCCUGGCGGAGGACGACGGCGGGCCGACGCCCACCAUCUUCACGGAGAUGGACACGCUGCAGCAGGAGGGCGGCGAGCUGGAGUGGAAGGAGUCGGCCAGGUGGGUGAAGUUCGAGGAGAAGGUGGAGGAGGGCGGGGAGCGCUGGAGCAAACCACACGUGUCCACGCUGACGCUGCACAGCCUCUUCGAGCUGCGGACAUGUCUCCAGACCGGAAGCAUCCUGCUGGACUUGGACGCCUUCUCGCUGCCACACAUCGUGGACGAGAUCGUGGAGCGGCAGAUCGCCGACGGCCUGGUCUCGGAGGACCUGAAGGAGAAGAUCAGCUUCGUGUUGCUACGACGACACCGCCAUCAGACCAAGAAGCCCAUCCAUCGCUCGCUGGCCGACAUCGGGAAGUCCUCCUCCGGCGCCGCCAACCGUAGUCCUCAGGGCGCGCUGAGUCGUAGCACUAGUAGUACUUCCGCCAUCCAUCGAUCCACUGAUGACCUGCGCUCGCGACACGCCAGCAGCCUGGGACGCCUGCAUCACGCACAGAGUCGCAGCAUGAACGACAUUUCUGACACGCCCAGUUCAGACCAGCUGAAGAACAAAUUCAUGAAGAAGAUUCCUCGCGAUGCCGAGGCGUCCAACGUGCUGAUUGGCGAGGUGGACUUCCUGGACAAACCCUUCGUCUCCUUCGUGCGUCUGGCCCAGGCCACCACGCUGGGCGGUCUCACGGAGGUCCCGGUACCGACCAGGUUCCUCUUCAUCCUGCUGGGUCCUCACGGAAAGACCAAGUCCUACAACGAGAUCGGGCGGGCCAUCGCCACGCUCAUGGUGGACGACCUAUUCAGCGACGUGGCGUACAAAGCCAGGGACCGCGAGGACCUGAUCGCAGGCGUGGACGAGUUUCUGGACGAAGUCAUCGUCCUUCCCCCGGGAGAAUGGGACCCCAAAAUCCGCAUCGAGCCCCCCAAGAAGGUUCCGUCGGCCGACAUGAGGAAGUCGGUGCUGAACCUGAACGAGCUGGGCCAGAUGAACGGGUCUGCCGGGGGUGCGGCAGGCGGGGAAGACGAGGAGCUCCCUGCCCAACAUGAGCUGGGAGAGGAGCUGAAGUUCACCGGAAGGCUCGGCGGCGGCUUGUGGUUGGACAUCAAGAGGAAGAUCCCGUUCUACUGCAGCGACGUCUACGACGGCUUCCAUAUCCAGACCAUCUCCGCCGUGCUCUUCAUCUACUUGGGCUGCAUCACCAACGCCAUCACCUUCGGCGGCCUGCUGGGGGACGCCACCGACAACUACCAGGGCGUGAUGGAGAGCUUCUUGGGCACGGCUCUGGCGGGGACCGUCUUCUGCUUGUUCGGCGGUCAGCCUCUCAUCAUCCUCAGCUCCACCGGACCCAUCCUCAUCUUCGAGAAGCUUCUAUACGAGUUCUGCAAGAGCAACGACGUGGACUACAUGGAGCUGCGCCUGUGGAUCGGCAUCCACUCGUGUCUGCAGUGCCUGGUGCUGGUUCUGUCCGACGCCAGCUACAUCAUCCAGUACAUGACCCGCUUCACCGAGGAGGGCUUCUCCAGCCUCAUCUCCUUCAUCUUCAUCUCGGACGCCAUCAAGAAGAUGGUGGGAGUCUUCAAAUAUUACCCCAUCAACCGCGGGUUCAAGCCGGACUACGUGACGUCGUACACGUGCGACUGCGUGCCUCCUGACCAGGCGCCGCUGGCCGACGACAACAUGACUCUGCUGUUCAACCUGAGCGACCUGGCCUGGGGUCAGCUGAGCAAGAAGGAGUGUGUGAAGUACAGCGGCGCCCUGGUGGGCAAGGCCUGUAAGUACGUGCCAGACCUGGCCCUCAUGUCCUUCAUCCUCUUCUUCGGCACCUACUCCAUGACCGUGUCCCUCAAGAAGUUCAAGUUCAGCCGCUACUUCCCGACAAAGCUCCGUAAGUUUAUCAGCGAUUUCUCCAUCGUUAUUUCCAUCCUGGUCUUCUGCGGGUUGGACGCCCUGCUGGACCUGGACACCCCCAAACUGCACGUCCCCACUGAGAUAAAGCUAAGGAAGCUAAUCAGUGAUUUUGCCAUCUUCAUGUCAAUCAUGUCCUUUGUGGGUCUGGAUAUGUUGGUGGGUUUAGACACGCCCAAACUAAUCGUUCCUACUGAGUUGAAGCCCACACGUUCUGACCGCGGGUGGCUGGUGAUGCCGUUCGGCAAGAACCCAUGGUGGUGGUACCUGGCCAGCUCCGUGCCCGCCCUGCUGGUCACCAUCCUCAUCUUCAUGGACCAGCAGAUCAGCGCCGUCAUCGUCAACCGCAACGAGAACAAGCUGAAGAAAGGUUGCGGCUACCACCUGGACCUGUUCUGGGUGGGGGUCCUGAUGGCUGUGUGCUCCUUCAUGGGUCUCCCCUGGUACGUAGCCGCCACCGUCAUCUCCAUCGCUCACAUCGACUCGCUCAAGAUGGAGAGCGAGUCCAGCGCCCCCGGAGAGCAGCCACAGUUCCUGGGGGUCCGCGAGCAGAGACUGACCGGGACUCUGGUCUUUGUCCUGACCGGACUCUCCGUCUUCCUGGCCCCCGUGCUGCAGUACAUCCCCAUGCCCGUUCUCUAUGGGGUCUUCCUCUACAUGGGCGUGGCCUCGCUCAGCGGCAUCCAGUUCUGGGAGCGCAUGAAGUUGUACAUGAUGCCACCCAAACAUCAACCAGACUUCUCCUUCCUGCGCCAUGUUCCUCUGAGAAGGGUCCACCUCUUCACUCUGGUGCAGGUCAUAUGUCUGGCCGUCCUCUGGGUCCUAAAGUCCACCUUUCUCGCCAUCAUCUUCCCUGUCAUGAUCCUGGGUCUUAUGGUGGUGCGGAAGCUUCUGGAUCUGAUGUUCUCCCAGCACGACCUGGCCUGGCUGGACGACCUCCUCCCUGACAGGGAGAAGAAGAAGAGCGAGGACGAGAAGAAGAAGAAGAAGAAGAAGACGACGACGGAGACCGAGAGCGACGAGGAGCCUCGCGGUCCCGCCCCCUCUCAGAUUCCCAUGGAGGUUUUAGAGCCAGACUCCGCCCACGUUUGCCUUCCCGCACCCACCUGUGACUGUGAGUACCCCCCACCUCACCCCUCAUGUGUGAAGACCUUCAAUAAAGUUCACGUUGACUUUUUGUCUGAUCUGUUCACCUUAGCUCCGCCUGCUAGAGUCUCUAAAUCAGUCUCACUGUCACUCGCCACUUCAGAGAUGGCCGCCAUCUAGUCCUGACAACCUUGUGUACGUGUGUGUGUGUGUGUGUGUGUCAGGAGUCCGAGCGGUACUCCACGUCGACCUGCGAUCAGAACCAAGCAGACCCCAGGUACUGUGUGCUGAAGCUGCACGUCCCCUACAGUGACCUGAUGCUGGCCCCCGACUCCGCCCCCAUGCCGCCUAAUGUAUCUCUUUUAUUUUGAAAUGUGCAUAUUUAUGAGCCGCUUACUCUGUAGAGUGCCACCUUGUGUUUAGAUGUCACAAAAUAAAAGUGGUCUCUUUAGAACAGGGGGUGUCAAGUUCAUUUUAGCUCAGGGGCCACGUGGAAGGAUAUCUAUACCAUGGCAAGAUAACUUCAAAAUAAAAGACAACCUCAGAUUGU